AGACACCAUGAACCACAGUGACCGUGCCGUGCAUCAUCGAGCCCGCAAGAUUCACCACGAAUGGAGUGCCGAAGAGUAUCACGUGGAAUGAAACACUUCGCUCGCUGGUGGUCCUGCGCUUCCGGUCUCAAGAGCGGCAAGUUCCGGUAUAGGUGCUGUUGUGCAGUUACCGCACUAGCUCUCUUAGCUUUGUGUUACAUUAUUUUUAGUCUACUUGUAACGCAUACGUCCAAAACAGCUUGCCAAAAUAGCUACGAAGUUAUAGAUGUAGUUUAUACCUGGGUUAAUGGAAGUGAUCCGCAGUUUCUGGAAGAGCUUGCACGUUAUUCUUCGACGCGCGACAAUGCUCGGUACGAUGAUAAAAAUGAGCUACGAUAUUCGCUGCGUUCGUUGGAAAAAUAUGCCCCCUGGAUAAGGAAUGUGUACAUAGUAACAAAUGGACAGGUUCCCUGCUGGCUGAAUCUAGAAAAUCCUCGUGUACAAAUCGUGCCGCAUGCCGAUAUUGCGGAUGACGAUACAGCACUACCAACAUUUUCCAGUGCCAGCAUCGAAACGUUUAUACACCGCAUACCGAGCCUCUCGCAACGGUUCCUUUAUCUGAACGAUGACAUCUUUCUUGGGGCUCCACUGCAUCCAGACGAUCUUCAAACGCUCGCCGAAGGUGUAAAGGUUUUCACUGCCUGGAUUGUGCCGGACUGUGCACCAGACUGUCCGUGGAUGUUCGUGGGCGAUGGGUCAUGCGAUCGCGAUUGCUUCGUGGAGGAGUGUCAGUUCGAUGGCGGUGACUGUGACCAUCCCGACUAUCGGGCGGAACGUGAGCGACAUCAUCCGUUGCACGACUACGAAGACGUUUCGGCACCGGACGACGCGGUCGAACCGGUCGAGGAGGAGGGGGAGCAAAUGUUUAUCGAUGUUCCGAAAAUGUUUCCUCGCAUUUCGCCUGGUAGUAUGCGAGCGUCAGAAAAUAUUCGCGAUAUUUAUGAGAUUUUCCGUAUGAAGAGUACCAACGGUAAUUCUUCCACGAAACAGCUAGUUGAGCGAUUCAACAAAGAAAAGAUGAAACUGAAGAAACGCCAAGCCAAGCAUCGAAGUCUGCUGGGACGCGCUCAUCAAAGGACUGCUGAAAGACAAGGACAGGCCGAGCAUAACCGUACAACCGGCUCAAAAGCACAGGAAGGACAGUUGCCCUCGAUGGGUGGAGAUUCGGCAGUUAACUCACAGGAUAUCUUCGCCAAUUCGCUUAUCCACACGAAUCGGGUGUUUAACCGAGCGUACGGGUUCCACAAUCGCAAGGUGUUGGCCCACGUUGGCUUCCUGCUGGAUGUGCAAAUAGUCGAACGAAUGCUGAACCGCUUUCGGGACGAAUUUCUCGUCACCAAACGACACCGAUUCCGGGCGAAGGACGAUAUGCAGUAUGCGUUCAGCUACUAUCACUUCCUAAUGAGCGAAACCCGGAACAAAACCGUUGGAGAGAUCUUUGACGAUUUCGACACGGAUGCAUCAGGCACGUGGUCCGACCGAGAAAUUCGAACACUCCUGACAAAGGUGUACAAUCUUCCGCUGGAUUGGUCGGCCGUACGAUACUUCGAAGAGGUUGUCACCAACUGUUCCCUUCAGCAGAACAAUUUUCUUCCACUUGAACAUCAGCAGGAACAGCGACAGGUAUACCCAACGUUGGUGUACGAGCGUUACGAGGAUUCGACAAUUCCUACGGUAACGAAACCGAUGGUGGUGGGUUGUACCGAGCUGGCCGAUAUGAUGCGCGCCAACUUUGGGAAGGUACCCCGCUAUCGGUAUCAUGUGAGCGCCAAAACGGGCAUCUACAGCAACUUCAAAAUGCUCACCUCCAACAUCACACAGGUCGUCGACGCGCUCGACGAGCUACGCAAAACGCCAAAGAAGUUCAACUGCAUAAAUGACAACCUAAGCGAUGAUCGACCGGAGGAUAAUCAGCUGAUUACGGCGCUGCUGGAGGACUUCUACCUAAGUCUAUUCCCGGCUCGCAGUAGUUUUGAGCUGGAAAGUACGUACCGAAAUCGUUUUCAACGCUACGAUGACUAUCGUUCGUGGCUGUGGCGGAAAACAUUCUUCCGGAACACGGUUUAUCUCGUCUGUGGGACGGUGUUUCUCGUAUGUGUCCGUCUGUUGUGCUGUCGCCAUAAGGGCAAGUUUGCACGCACCCUUCUGCUGUUAGGGGCGGCACGAUCAACCGAUUAUACCAACAUUUCCUAAUAAAAGGGCGGAGUAAGUACUUCC